AACCGUUAUCAGUCAAUAGGGUGGAUGGUGGGAGGCGGGACCAUUUAAAUUAGCCAAUGACACAGAAGUAUUUACGCGGCAUUCCAUAAAGUGACGCGGAUUCGCUGGGGAGGCAGGGGCGUGUUUAUAAUUAGCCAAUCAAUUUGAGCUUGUGCCUAUAAGAAACCCGGGUUGCGGCCAGUUUAGGAUACUCUGUUCCGCAGUGUUAGUGUUACAGAAUGGCCCGUACCAAGCAGACCGCCCGUAAGUCUACAGGAGGGAAAGCUCCCCGCAAGCAGCUGGCAACCAAAGCAGCCAGGAAGAGCGCUCCGGCCACCGGUGGAGUGAAGAAACCUCACCGUUACCGGCCCGGCACAGUCGCUCUCCGUGAGAUCCGCCGCUACCAGAAAUCCACCGAGCUGCUCAUCCGCAAGCUGCCUUUCCAGCGCCUGGUCCGGGAGAUCGCUCAGGACUUCAAGACCGACCUGCGCUUCCAGAGCUCAGCCGUCAUGGCUCUGCAGGAGGCCAGCGAGGCUUAUCUGGUCGGUCUCUUUGAGGACACCAACCUGUGCGCCAUCCACGCCAAGAGGGUCACCAUCAUGCCCAAGGACAUCCAGCUGGCCCGCAGGAUCCGAGGCGAGAGGGCUUAGAUCAUCGGCAGCUUCUCUCCCAGCAGCACAAAGGCUCUUUUCAGAGCCACCAAA